AUGACUAAUUUUUCAGGUGUUCAGGUUUCUAAUGGUUCAUGGGCUUCUAUAUGGCGUUGUUACACCUUAUUUAAGGUGCAACAUUUCCUUUGGCGGUGCUACCAUCACGCGCUGCCUACUGCGGUCUCCUUGAUAACGAGGGGCUGUGGUGUGUCAUCGUUGUGUCCUCAUUGUGGUAGUCAGGAGGAGACUGUGAUGCAUCUUUUAUUCUUAUGCCCUCAUUCUUUACAGGCAGCUGCAGCUUCGUCUGAUUCUGCGGGGAUUCUUAGUUUGAUUUCUUUCUGUGCUUGGGGUAUUUGGAAGGCGAGGAACCACUUAGUGUUUGAAGGGGUGCUCUGGGAGCCUUACUUGGUUGUCGAGCGUGCGGUAGCAAGUUUUUGGGAAUUUCAGGAAGCCAGGUCUCACUGUUCUGCUUUUCAUCCUGUUUCAACCAGUCCUUUGGUGGGUUCUUGGAUUGCGCCUCCGAUUGCACAAGUUAAGUGUAAUUUCGAUGCUUCCUUUUGUAGGGGUUUGUCCUUGGGAGGGGGUGGGGCAAUUUUUCGUGAUUUUCGCUGCAUGGUUCUUCAGGCUAUUAUUUUCACGCAGUUUCGUGCCUCUUCGGCUCUGUCUUUAGAGUCUCUUACUCGUCAGCGUGUGGUGUUUUGGGCUUCGAAUUUGGGUUUUACUUGUGUUUGGUUUGAAUCUGAUGCUAAGGCUAUUGUUGAGGGAGUGCUGAAUGAAGCUGUGUCCCCAUCUGAAAUUGCUUCUCUCUGUUAUGAUAUUCGGCGGGAUUUGCAGUUGUUUUAG